AUGGCCGCUCCGACGGGCUUGCCGCUGCUCGAGAACUUGGCGGUCGCGUCCGCCCUCGACAAGCAGGUGCUGUUGUUCCUCCGCGACAAGGGAGUGACAAGUUCGGGAGUGCUGUUCCACUUGUUCGAGGACAGGGCCAAGAUCCGCAAGACUUUGGCCCCGUUGUUGGUUGGAGUCAAGGUAGGCACCGACGACCUAAAGUUGGACGACGUUGGCCUUGAGGUCGCGAUCGCAGUCCUGGAGCGCAUGGCGGAUGAGAUCGGACUCGCCAGGGCAGCACAGAUGGCCGCAGUGAUUCCAGCGGCAACCCCUCUUGCAGCCACAGGGUCGACAAGCACGGUCGCCGACGACGCCAAACCCCCCAAGCAGUUGCCCAAAGGCUAUUGGGCUAAGAGAGUGAAAGAGUUCGAGGAGGCGAAGAUCGAGGGCCGCAACCGCACUUUCCCAGUACACCUCUUGGUCGGCGCAGAGGAGACGUUGGCAAGGAUGGUCUACGAGAAGGAGCACUCGCACCUAUUCAGUCCCGUCAAGUUGGGAGAGAUCAUCUCUGUCCGCAACUUCACUCCGAGUCGCCAGGUGAACCCUUGGGCAAAAACCGAGGACAGGUUCUCGGACUCCUUGAGCCUGGACGCCUCAGGUUCGCUGGUUCAGAGGCACAAGAAGAUCCCGGAGCCCCAGAAGGCCCUCACAGUCAUCGACGCCUUCGAGUCAGUUCGCUGGGCGAUGGUCUUCGCGAGGUGGGGCGAAGAGUUCGUCAUCGGCCAGUUGAUCGACUUUUUCAUUAACCUGGUCCGCGACAACCAGAACAAAAUCCCGCAGAUUCGCGAGUACUACCGCAAGACCUCUUGGGAUUUGGCAAUGCACAUGCGAGCGGACGGCUCUUUCCAGGAGGGCGUAGAGAAGAUCAUCUCGAGCACCGAGCGCCACGACGCCCUCGCUCGGUGGAUGCCCCAGGAGGGCAAAGGCAAAGGCAAGGAUACGGACGGCAAAGGGAAGACGAAGGACUUCACCAACAACGGCAAGGGCAAGUUUCGCUACAUAGCUCCGUACGUCUCCCAGAACCAGACGAGGCCCAGGCGGUACCGCCACAGGCCUAGGGACAACGCGGGGCGCCCGAUGCCCGAGAUCGGGCGACACCCGACAGAGGUUCGCUCGGGAAGUAACUUACAGGUAGCGACAGGCUCCGUCGGUUCAAAGACGGUGGAGCACCAGCCCGCACCGCCGGCCCUAACCAUGCCAGCUGUCCAGAGCAGUUCGCCGCCGACAGCACCCGCUCAGUCCGCAGCGAGCGCUAGAGAGCGAGUUGAGAAGCAAGCCUCAGGAGAGCCUCACAGUUGCACGACACAGGUCGCGCUGCUGUCCUUCUUCGACGGCAUAGGUAGUGCACACCAGUCGCUUCUUGACCUUCGCAUAGAGCCGCUGGUUUCCUGGUCGUGGGAGGUCGACCCCGACUGCAACAAGGUCGUCCGACAGAGGCACCCCCGGGUGGUGCUGCAAGGUGACGCUCUGUCCGCAGACCCUCGCAAAGCGGUCCAGGCUCUCAAGGACCAGUGCCCGCCAGAGACGUUCGUGGUGGUCGCUUGCGCACCUCCGUGCCCAGACUUUUCGCAGAUCAAGGGCGACAAGGCCCUUGGUACAAAGGGCGAGGAAGGUCAGAAGUUCGCUCAGUGGGUGACCAACUGGUACAACCCUUUCCGGAAAAUGUGCAGGUUUAAGUUUGCACUCUUGCUGGAGAACGUCACCAUGGCCAAAGACACUCAGGUCGCCCUGGACGACUUGGUCGGAGUGAGGUCUUUUGUGUGCGACGCAGCUUCGUUCGGCCUGGUCAGCCGGCCGCGCUUGUGGUGGUGCUCGAGUUUGUCACCGCCCGAAGCCGAGGCUACUGCUCCGCCCGAGGUGGCAUCGGGAAUGGCCAGGUGGAGAAGAUGGAAUAGACAGUGGGAGUUGGUUCCUGCAAGCUCUCGUUUUCCCCGCCAGGUCGCUGCAGAGUGCAAGUUCGCCAAGUUCAACGAGAAGGUAGAGAGCGGUUCGGUGCGCUUCCCUUGCUUGACUACACCCGCGCCAACCCCAGAAGGACGCCCGCCGCCUCCGAAAAGGAAGCGGGACGAAUCCCCGCAGACUCUUUCGAGGUGGAGAGCCGACAACCAGCAGUACGCCCCGUGGCAGUACAGGGACUACGCCUUAGUCGAGGAGAAAGGGAAGGUCGUGCCACCGUCUGCUGCAGUCCGGGAGUUCCUCCACGACUACCCGCCGGGAUGCACAAAGGCAGUCCCGGAGAGAGCCAGGUGUACGCAACUGGGGAACUCUUGGCACUUGCCGACAAGCCGUUUCAUCCUGUUCGUUGUCUUGCUCACAGCUCAGGUUGUAAAGGUCAAAACUCAGGCCACUUCUGAGGGCGUGUUCGUGGUGGAGACGUUUUGGUCGCCAGACGAGCCUCAGGCCUUCCAACUGCAAGGCCCUCUUCACGACGAGAAGGAGCACGUGAGAUGGUCUACGUCCCUGUCAUGGGAACAGGCUUUCCCGAUCAACCUGAACCCAUGCCUCGAGUUCGCAAUCGAGCAGCAGGAGAGAAUGGGGGGAAAAGUCGUUCAGUGGCGCGAGACAGUGGUCGACGACGUCCAGUCCCUUGUCGAGGAGCUUCGAGAAGACCAGGACGAGUGGCUGUCUCAGGCCCCCGAACACGUUCAGCAAGUUUACAAACAAGGUACGCCGAAGUUCGUGGUUCAGUUGCUCGCGUUCGCUCACCUGCUCCAGCUGUUAGAUUUUCCAGAGUGGGGAAACCUGGUCGCAGACUUGUUUUGGGGUUUUAGGCUCUUAGGACCGCUGCCGCCGGGAAGCUCGUGGCACCUGCGACAGGACAACAAGUACUCGAGCCCAUGGUCGCCUGCGCAGUUUCAGUCUUUCAACAUGGCGCAUGUUGUGAGGUUGCUGGCGUCCAAAAAGGAGGACGAGCAUUCGGCUACCAUGAAGGCCGAGCUCCUCGAGGAAGCACAGAAGUCUAGGUUCGCGGGCCCCUUCUCGGCGCAGUGGCUAGAGUCCCAGGCCAAGUCACACCGUGUGUUCGCAGCAAAGGCUUUCCCAGUGGUCCAAGGUCCCAAAGUUCGACGAGCCGACGACUGGCUCCGAAGUGGCCAUAACGCGACAGUAUGGGCAGGCGACACUCCGCCGUACCAAGGAACCCCGACGAUCAUUUCGGGCAUUCGACGGGUGGCCAGAAGCAGUUCCCCAGAACUUUCAGCCGUCGACCACGAGGGCGCCUACCACAACUUCCCAGUUCGCUCUCCGCUGGAGUGCGCCACAGUUUUGCCAGAAGAGGGCGACGAGAGAAUCUGGUUACACCGAGUCCUUCCGUUCGGAUCCUCGGGGUCGGUGUGGAGCUACAUCAGGUUCGCUGAUGCAGUGUGCUUUCUGUCAAUCUCGCUCCUCAUGUUGGCCGCAGCUCACUUUGUCGACGACUUUUACAAGUUCGAGUCGGCGAAGACAUCAAAGCCUGCGUUCGCCUCCUUUCAGAAGCUGCACAGAAUUAUUGGCGCCAAGAUGAAGGAAGCCAAAGCCAAGCCCCCCGAUCGCAAACAGACGCUUCUAGGGGUGGAGUGGACCAUCUCAGAUGACGAGCUUCUGGCGUCACCGGGCCCGAGCAGGAUCGAGAAGCUGGUCGCCCGGAUCAAGGAAGUCCUGGCCGCCGACGCCCUCUCACCACAGGAGGCCGCAAAGCUGGCGGGAAAGUUGAACUUUACGUGCUCUUGGGUUUUCGGCCAAGCAGGGAAAGCACUUUUGAAGCCUUUGUUCGCUCGCCAGCAGUCGGGCAUUCACAAGCCUACGAGUUUGAGCUCGUCACUUCGGUCUGCAUUGAAAGAACUGCAGAAGUUGCUCCCAGAACUGAAGCCUGUUCGCAUUCCGUUGAGACCCCAAGAUGUGCAAGUGUGUGUCUUGUAUGCGGACGCAUACAUAAACAUAGCAGGUUCGCGAAGGGCAGCGAACCGGUGGCUCAAACAGGGCAUCCCUCAUGAUGUUCUGCAAGAGAGUUCGAACGGAUGGGGAGCCAUCUUUCUUCCGCCAUCAGGUCGCAGAUUGGCUUUCCGGUCAGAAGUGCCUAAUGAGGUUUUGAGAAAAACAGCGACUUCUAAGGCGUUCAUCUUCUGGCUGGAGAUGAUGGCCCAGGUUCUAGCGGUGCUCACGAUCGCAGAGGGCAUCCAAGGACACGUGCUUUGUUUCGUUGACAACUCAGCAGCAGAGCACGCGCUGCAGAAGGGCUUUUCGCGAGACAUAGCUUUCACCAAGGUGCUAGGUUGCUUCGCUCGCCACAUGGCAGCAAAAGGUUUAGUACUGUCGUUCCACAGAGUCACUUCGGCUGCCAACGUGUCUGACGGAGUCUCUCGAGACGACUGGUCUGCGGCAGCAGAGCUCGAGUGCAAGUUCGCGAAGUUUGACUUCUCCAAGGCGUACAAGUGGUUCCGAAAACUCCCCAACUUAGAGGAAUCGGCUCUCUUUCCCAAGUUCGUCAAGUUCGCCGAGCACUUGGGCGCGCAGGGAGUGGGGGAACAGCGCGCGUGA